AGUCCUUCGUUCUUCUUCGUGUGUGUCACAUUUUUUUCCAUCACCACUCUUCCUCUUCCUCCGCACGUCAUUUUCAUUCUCAUUCUCUCUCUCUUUUCUUUACCUUAAUCAAUUAAACAUAUACGGUUUCUCUUUCUCCUUUCCCAACACAUUUUCCAUUUUUCUGUAUAAACUUUUUUUUUUUUUUGGUUAAUAAUAACAAAAUUUCAUAAAUACCCUUAUAGUACAUGUGCCACUUGAUCAAAUCAAGAAGGAGUUAGUGUUCUGUGGUUGCUUGAAAAUUAAUCUUAAAGAGUACGAGAUUGUUGUUUGUGAGAUGAAAGCUCGGAAUCUUGUCGCUGAUGAUGGAAGGGAUUCCUAUUCAAGGCAUGGCAAAGAUUUGACUAAAGAAUAUAAAGAUAACACAAGGGUGGAUCAUCGUGGGGAAAAUGGAAAAGGUGACGGGGAAGUUGUAUGUCACAAGUGUUUGCGUGGAGGAACGCUCUUGCACUGUUGUGGUAAAGGGUGUAAAAGGAGGUAUCACCCGUCUUGUUUGGAUCUUCCUCUCAAAUUUCUUCCUAUUGGGUUUUGGCAUUGUAUUCGGUGCGUGAAGAAAAAAAUAAAGCUUGGGGUGCAUUCCGUUUCUGAAGGGGUAGAAUCCAUAUGGGAUUCCCGAGAAGUGGUUCCAAAAGAUGAAGUGAUCCAAAGAGAGUACUUUGUCAAGUAUCAGGGCCUCGCUCAUGCUCACAACUGUUGGAUUCCAGAAAAGCAAAUGCUUAUUGAAGCUCCAAAGCUUUUGGAAAAAUAUAAGAAGAAACAACAGGUUGUCAGGUGGAAAAAAGAUUGGAGUAUACCUCACCGGUUGCUGCUAAAAAGAAAAAUUGUCUUGUCAAAGCUAAAUGCUCACCCUUUUGAUGGAAGCGAUGACAAUGGUUCAGUUUGCCAAUAUGAAUGGCUUGUGAAAUGGACUGGUCUUGGUUAUGAUCAUGUUACAUGGGAGUUAGACGACGCUAUAUUUUUGACAUCAUCUAAAGGGAUUAAACUCAUGGACAAUUAUGAAAGUCGUCAAAAGAGAUCAGAUGGGCUGUCAAAUCCUCUUGAAGUUAAGGAGGAGAGAAAAGAUUCCUUUACCGAAUUAUCAGAGCUAUCAUCUGGAGAUUUACCAGGAUUGUAUAACCAGCAUUUGAGUUAUGUGAACAAGCUUCGCAUGUGUUGGCACAAAGGUCAGAGUGCCGUUAUAGUUGAUGAUCAAAUUGACCAGGAGCGGGUUAGGAAGAUGAUUUUGUUUAUAUUAUCUUUGAACUGCAAUGUGAAAAGGCCUUUUCUCAUCAUCUCAACUUCUACUGGCCUCUCUGCAUGGGAAACAGAAUUCUUACAUUUGGCACCAUCUGCCAAUCUCGUAGUUUACCAUGGAGAAAAAGAUGUACGCAGUAGCAUCAGAUCAUUAGAAUUUUACAAUGAAGAUGGUGUUUUAUUUCAAAUAUUACUCUCAUCAUCUGAUAUUGUCGUUGAGGACUUAGAUGCACUGCAAUGCAUUAAAUGGGAAGCAAUCAUAAUUGAUGAAUGCCAGCGGCGACCCAGAAUUUUAGGAAACCUUGACGAUGUCAAUAUUCUAGCAGCUGAGAUAAGGCUCCUUCUCGUUAGUGGACAAAUCAAGGAAGAUCGAGCUGACUAUAUGAAACUGCUUUCUUUACUUAAGUCUGAACAUGAUGAGUUACAUUUCUCAUCUGCAAGCAUCUCCGAUUUGAAGAGUCAAUUGGAACAUUAUAUUGCACUUAAGUGCAAUUCUGACUCCAGCAGGUUUAUAGAGUAUUGGGUUCCUGCCCAGCUUUCUAGUUUGCAGCUUGAGCAGUAUUGUUCAUUGCUGCUUUCAAACUCAUUGUCGUUAUGCUCAGGCCCGAAGCCUGCCUCCGUUGAUGCCCUUGGCGAGCUUAUUAUCUCAACAAGGAAGUGCUGCAACCAUCCUUAUCUCCUCAACAAGUCACUGCAUGAUGUAGUCACUAGAGGUCUUCCUGUUGAAGAACAUCUUGAUAUUGGAAUAAAAGCAAGUGGAAAAUUGCAACUUCUUGAAAAGAUCCUUUUUGAAGCUAAACAUCGUGAGCUAAGAGUGAUAAUAUUAUUUCAGUCUAGUGGUGGUUCUGGAUCAAUUGGAGAUAUUUUGGAUGAUGUUCUUCUUCAGAGAUUUGGAAAUGACUGUUAUGUAAGAUACGGUUGUGGGUACGUUCCUUCCAAGGCUCAAGCUGCUCUGGACACAUUUAAUGAUCGAGAAAGUGGAAAAUUCGUUUUCUUGAUAGAGAGCCGUGCUUGUCAUCCAAGCAUUAAACUGUCAUCUGUUGAUAUUAUUAUAUCAUUUGACAGUGGUUUGGACAUGCAAAAUGACAUAAAAUGCAUACAAAAAAUGUCAUUCAGCUCAAAGUUAAAAAAGAUAACAGUUUUGAGAUUGUACUCGUGCUUCACUGUUGAAGAAAAGGUUCUAAUGCUUGCAAAAGAGGGUAUAGCUCUUGUAUCCAACAAAAGAAAGAAAGAACAUAUGCAGUUAGUUAACCAGAGUACAUAUCACACCCUUCUAAAAUGGGGGGCCUCUUAUCUGUUCAGUAAGCUUGAUGACUUACAUGGAAGUGGCACCUCGGUCUCUGCUUCAGACAUCUCCAAUCAGUCAAAUCUAAAUGAUGUAAUCUGUGAAUUAUCAUCCAAACUGGUUUGUGAUAGCGGUGGCACUGAUUCUCACAGACAGUCAUUCAUAUCGAGAGUAGAGCAGAAUGGAGGGGAAUAUGUAAGGAACAUUUCAUUGCUAGGAGAAAGAGAAAUGAAGAAAUUAGGCAAUGAAACACAUACUUUUUCCUGGAGUGAUCUCCUCCAAGGAAGGAAUCCUCGCUGGAAGUUUUUAUCUGCUUCGUCUCAAAGGAACAGAAAAACAGUUGAAUAUUUUCAUCACACAGUAAAAGGAUCCGAAAAUGAAAAUGAUGCCAUUAUAAGAAAGAAAAGGACAAAGUCCACGGAUGGUGUUUAUCCCAUAGGAAAGAACGCGUCCAAGGAUAUUGUAGAUCCUGAGGAGAGGAAAAUCACCAAGGAUAAUGUUGACCCCAAACGAAGGAAGGUGUCCAAGGGAAGGAACGUGUCCACGGAUGUUGUUGAUUCCAAACAUCUGAAAAAAAAGAGGAAGAAUAAGAAGAGUCGAAGUGCUGAUAAAAGCAAAUGCAAAUUGAAUGGAGCAGCUGCAAUGACUAAACAAAUUCCAAAUCAAAAGAAACUGCCGGACAUGCCCAAGAGCAACAAACUCCUGUCAAAGCCUGAUAUAUCUAUAUCACGUCUCUGUGAUGUUCUACACUUUCCGGAAAAUGACAAGGUUGUCGCCAUGAAGAUUCUUGAGCAUGUAUUCGAACAUUAUGACAUUGAUUGCCUGGAAGAUUCUACAGUGCAGGCAUUUGAAAUAUCUGUGUGUUGGCUAGCAGCUUCUUUGUUGAAACACAAGAUUGAUAGGAAAUAUUCACUUGAUCUUGCAAAAAGGCACUUGAAUUUCAAUUGCACGGAGGAAGAAGCCACCGAUGUUUACAAUUCACUGCAAGAGUGUAAGGAAGACAUUUCAAGCUGUUUACAAAAUGAACUUUGUGCUGAGAAAAGUAAUAUAAAUGGUACUUCAAGCUCCACGACACGUGAGCUGCAACGUUCGGUAGAGGAGGAGAAGCAAAAGGGUUUUCAGCAUCCAAGUGUUUCAAAUCUUGUGAAAUCUGCCACAAAUGAACCCGAUCUUCCAAGAAAAUCUCCUACAACAGUGCUAUUUUCACAAGACCAGAUUUAUACAGAAAACUUCCAUAACGAACCUUAUAUGACUCAUGAAAUUUCUACAUCUCAAACGACCCCUGGUAGUUUGCCUGUGGAAGCAGAUGCUACUUCCAUGGAAUUGGAAUCUGAUGCAGAUGAGAGAAUAAAUGCCGUGAACUUGGUAGCAGCUGAAGUUUCACAUCUUGAGAACCGGAAUAUAUUCCCCAAUUCAAGUAAUGAUUUCAAUAAUGUCAAUCCUGUAACAGGUUCUUUGGAAAGACAGAGUCCCAUUGUAGGUUCAGAUAUUACACAAUCUGAUAUCAGAGUUUUUGAAGAUCCUCAAACUUUAAUUAAUCAAGUGAUUGACAUUGACAAUUCUAUGAAUAUAUCAACUAAUCUUGCACAACUUCACAAUGUUGAGACAGAUACCGUAACUUGUGAUAGAACUGCUGUUCCCGAGGUCAGACAUUGGGGCAGUAUAGUGAGUCCUGUAUGUGGUGAGUCAACCACUUCAGAGUUUGCUGAGUGUCCUUUACCAUAUAGGCAACGAUCACAUGCAAAUUUAAUGCCAUUGCCACAGUCGUUGUCGGCUAGUCCAUCUUUUAUGGAGGACUUAUCUCGUACAGUCAUGCCCAGAUUUGCAAAUCAUAAUUGUCUUCGUGAAUCUGUAGAAAUAUUGCAACCACUGUAUGAACCUGUUGAACUGGUUGACACUCCCUCGCCUGUGACUUUGCAACCCUACAGUUAUGCGCCUGGGAAUGGAAAUGCUUCUCAUGUUCCUCACAACAUUACUAAUUCUGGAUAUAUGAACAGGGAUCCUUUUCUAGCUCAUUAUUUGACAUCUCAAAUGCCCUAUGUUGCCAACCCAAACACACUACUAUUUGAAAUGGAGAGAAUACAAAAAAUGAAUGAAGAAGCUGUCAAGACCUAUGAGGAAAAAAAAUUGCAGCUGCAGUCUGACUACGAAAAGGAGGUUGAAAUGUUACGUGCAAAACACUAUACGUUGCUUCAGAAUGUCGAUACUGCAGCAGCAUUGAAGAAAGUUGAACUUGAGGCACAGAGAGAUAUUGUAUUCAGGAAUAUGAUAUUAGCUGACGUUUGGAGCCGAACUGAUAGUAUUUGCUAAAGAGAUUUGCAGCACAAUGCACAUACCAUGGUAUGGAUUGUCCUUAAGUGGCAAUGCCUUAGCUGCGCUAGCUCUCAUGUAUCAAUGCACCAUAUCUCUGAUUUUACUGCUCAAAGACUUGAACAAUUUUUUGAAACAUCCAUCCAUAGUUCACCAUCCUUGUCCACUCCAGCGAUGGUGGUUAAUCAAUCCCGCAGCAACCAAGGAUUCAGGUGAGCUAUUGGUUCGGAAUUAGUUCAAUUGCAACAUUAGUGACAAGUAGAAAUCACCGGCAAAACAUAGUGAUAGGUUGUACAAAUCAAGUUCAGUCACUUUACCUGGUUGAUGUACUUUGUAUAGAGUUCUUAAUUAAUGGAAGUCAUAUGGUGCAAUUACUGUCAAUAGUUGUCUUUAAGACAGUGGAUUAGGGUAUUAGAAUGAUUAAUAGCCAUUACCUACUUGCUUGGAGACUAAAAAAGAUUUUUAAGAAAAGGUAGAAAUUUAUAUCAGAGCUAUAUGAUAUAUUAUAUAGUUCAAUAGUUGCACUGAAACCUUCCAUAAACAACUGAAAUUUUAUUACAGAAGUAAAUUACAAGUUUUACUUUGACUAUUAGAACACUCAAAUGAAGCUUUUCACACAAAUUUUCAAAAGGUCUGACAUACCUAAUGAUUAUUGCAACACAUUUUUUUGAGCUUGACCUAGUGGCCAACACACACUGGGAAGGGGAAAAUGUGAUUCAUGGGUUCGAAUCCCCACCCACACACAAACACACAAAUGUCCCUUGCAACACUGCCAUGGGGACAAUUAUUGCGACUCAUAAAGUAAACAUUUUAAA